UUAGACAGUCUGUAAAGAAGCUCUAGACGCCGGUUCUCAAUCAAGACUGUCUUUCUGUUCUGUUUGCAGAUACCAAGGCUGUAAAUAAAGACCACCUUUUCUAAUGGAACCACAUUGCCAUCAUUCAGUGUAACACUGGGACUGAGUUUGAGCCCCUGAUUUAGAUUGUUAAUCUCAGUGCUGAGACCAGACGUUUGUGGAGAGGAACGCCGUCCAUCACUGAAUCUGACUUCAGGGCAGCUGUCUGAGGAAGAAAGAUGACUCCCCCUCUCAAGAAACGGAGGGGCACGCCUCGUAGUCAUGACUGUCAGCAGUGUGGUAAAGAGUUCUCUUGUUCAUCAAAUUUAAAGAAGCAUAUGCGAGUUCACACUGGAGAGAAACCAUACAGCUGUGAUCAGUGUGGUAUGGCCUUCUCUCAAGCAAGUCAUCUAAGGAUGCAUCAGCGUAUCCACACUGGAGAGAAACCAUACAGCUGUGAGAUCUGUGGGAAAGCUUUCAGAAGUUCAACUGCAUUGAAGAAUCAUAUACGCACUCUCACCGAAGUAAAACCAUACAAAUGUGAGGACUGUGGUAAAAGUUUCAGUCAGGUGGGUAGCUUCAAGACUCACAGAAACAUCCACACCAGAGAAUUACUCUACCCUUGUCAGGAUUGUGGUAAAGUCUAUACUAGUCAAAGUGCUUUAAACUAUCAUGAGCGUAUUCACACUGAAGAGAAACCAUACAGCUGUGAGCAAUGUGGUAUGGCCUUCUCUCAAGCAAGUAUUCUAAGGAUCCAUCAACGCCGCCACACUGGAGAAAAGCCGUUCAGUUGUGAUCAGUGUGGGAAAGCUUUCUCAAACUUAGCAAACCUCAGCGUACACCGCCGCAUUCAUACUGGAGAGAAACCGUACAGCUGUGAGCAAUGUGGGAAAACCUUCAGGCAACAAAGCAACUUAACAGUCCACCAGCAGAUCCACACUGGAGAGAAACCCUUCAGCUGUGAGCAAUGUGGGAAAACCUUCAGGCAAAAAAGCAACUUAACAGUCCACCAGCAGAUCCACACUGGAGAGAAACCCUUCAGCUGUGACCAAUGUGGGAAAAUCUUCAGAAAUAAAAACAACUUAACAGUCCACCAGCAGAGCCAUACUGGAGAGAAACCCUUCAGCUGUGACCAAUGUGGGAAAACCUUCAGAAAUAAAAACAACUUAACAGUCCACCAGCAGAUCCACACUGGAGAGAAACCGCACAAAUGUAGACACUGUGAGAAAGCCUUCAAAAGUCAAUGGGAAUGCAUCACACAUGAACGCGUCCACACCGGUCUGAAACCAUACGUCUGUGGGGAGUGUGGGAAGAGUUUUGGUAGGUUAUUUUCACUUCGCCAACAUAAACUCAUCCAUUUUGGAGUCAGAGAGUACCAGUGUGAGCACUGUGACAAAAAGUUUGUUUCAGCUCAUAGUUUUGAGGAGCAUCUGCGUAUCCACACCGGACACAGGCCGUACUGGUGUGUUGGUUGUGAGAAAAGCUUCACAAAGAGCUCUGAGGUGAAAACACACAAAUGUGUCAAAAAAGAGAGCUAGGGGGCGCUCGUGAGCAGCGACAUGUAAAGACGUGGGUUUACGAGCUCUGCAUGGAUUAAAAUUUAAAUAUUGUUUUUCGCUCUCACUCAGUCUAAAAGUCAAAAAAGGACAUACUACAACGUGUUUGUAGUCGUAUAAUUCAAAAAUAGAUGUCUCCUGAACCGUCCGGUGAGUUAAAUUGCCUUGAAAUGCCAAAACAUUCGAAGGCCAAAGCAGGCCCAGAGGCCUUGGACUCUCCCGACCCUGAAUCCCCGAAAACCCCGAGAGCUUGUCGGACGUGGACGCGAUAAUGAUGGCGCUGCAGAGAAUGGAACAAAGUGUGGUAGCUAAGAUUGAUACGUCCAUCGCCGCAUUAUCAGGUGAACUACACAAGAAAAUAAACCAUCUCUCAAGGGACAUGAGAACGGAAAUUGCCGGAGUUCAAAAAAGGAUAAAAGCAUAAACUACACGGAUCGUUAGCCUGGAGGAAGGAGCUAGCAGCUAUGCUAACAGGGUCGUGGAGUUGGAAAAUAAAGUUACGUCUCUCACAUCGGAAGUCACGGCUAAAACCGACGACCUGGAAUGUUGCUAAAGGAGGAAGGCUUUUGAGACACGCGACCGGAGGCGGCUGUGGUUAAUAUGCUGAAAGAUACCUUGGACCUGACCUACACACCCACGCUGGACAGAGUGCACCGGAGCCUGCAGCCUAGACCAAAUGGUGUAAAUCCCCAGAGAGCUUUAAGCAUCAAAUUUCACUAUUUUCAAGAAAAAGCUGAUGCUCUUCGCAAGGCUGUGGGCGCAGGGCCCAUGCUCCACAACGGGGCGUGCUUCUACAUCUACCCCGACUACUCGGCAGCAGUCAGGAAGAAGAGGGCGGCUUUUACGGAGGUCCGGGGAAUACUCCGCCAGUGCCCAGGAGUGAAGUGUGGUGUUUUGUUCCCUGCUAUGGUUAAGAUUACCACGGCAACAGGUGAGCAGAAAACCUUUGAUGAUCCAAACAAGGCAAAGCAAUACAUCGAAGCUAAUCUUCAGCCUCAGGAGACAGAGGGAGAGCGAGAGUUAAAUUGAUUGGUUAAUGGGGAGACUUGGACAAUGCUACAUGUUGAUAGAGACUCAGUGAACUGUUUGUAAAUAUACUGGAACACCUCACCCCCAGUGCACCUUCUCCGCUUCCUUGACAUUGUCCUAUCAAAAUCCUUAAAGGAUGUUUUUAACUGCAUAGGAAUGGACCUAUUACAAAUUGUAAAUAGUUCUCUACAGUCUGGCCUUUUCCCAACUGCUCUGAAGACAGCAGUCAUCAAACCUCACUUAAAAAAAGUCAAACCUGGAUCCCUCUAUAUUACAAAAUUAUAGACCCAUCUCAAAUCUACCAUUUUUAGGCAAGAUCAUUGAAAAGGUUGUUUAUCAACAACUAGAGACCUUUCUUAUACACAACAACCUCUGCGAUGUCUCUCGGUCUGGAUUUCGACUGCAUCAUAGCACAGAGACUGCCCUUACGAAGGUACUCAAUGAUAUCCACCAAAACUGUGAUGCUUCACAAAUUACAAUCUUGGUUCUAUUGGACCUAACAGCAGCAUUUGAUACAGUAGACCAUAAGAUACUGCUGAACAGACUUGAAAAGUGGGUAGGACUGUCUGGCACAGCACUGUCAUAGGUUGAAUCCUAUCUCCAGGGCAGAGAAUAUUUUGUUUCUAUCGGCAACCACACUUCUGAACCAGAUAAAAUCUUGUGUGGGGUUCCCCAAGGGUCCAUUCUCGGACCUCUUCUUUUUAAUAUUUACAUGCUUCCCCUGGCCCAGAUCAUACAAUUUUAUAACAUAUCUCAUCACUCAUAUGCAGAUGACACACAACUUUAUAUUACAGUAUCACCACAAGAUCUCAGCCGCAUCGAUACCCUGGUCAACUGCAUUGAGCAUAUCAGAAAGUGGAUGUGUCAAACGGGGAGGGCAGCAGCGGAGGCUUCUCAGAGGCUCACACAGAGCAUGCAUUAUGAUGUAAGGACCAAAGACUUCAUUGUGCUGAAUUAGACAAAAGACAUGCUGUCUCACCUACACCUGAUUUAUAUAAGGAAAAGCUACUGCUUCAGUCUGAAUACAACAACCUUUCAACCUGGCAGACAGAAAAGGCUUUAGAGAAAUCUAAACAAGUUCAUUCUGAGCACAGUGAUAGAGCAGGCAGGUUGCUUUCACUUCAGCUCAAACAACAUUCAGAGGAACGCACUAUACCAGGAAUGAAUUUAGAUCCUAACACAAGCUCUCAUAAUCCCCAGACCAUGAAUGAUCAGUUUAAACAUUUCUAUUCUAAUCUCUACCAAUCUGAGUCAGAAAAUGAGCUGACUGAAAUAUAUGCAUUCCUUGAUACAUUGGAUAUCCCAAAAAUAAGCCCUGAAGCCCAGGCCUCCCUGGAAACCUCCAUAACGGCUGAGGAAAUAUUGUCUGCUAUUAAAGCAACUCAGAGUGGGAAAGCACCGGGACCGGAUGGGUUUCCCAUUGAAUUUUAUAAGGAGUUUGCACCAAAACUUGCACCUGUUCUUAAGUCUGUAUAUGAGGAAUCUCUUUCCUGUGUGAAAUUGCCACAGACCCUAUCUCAGGUGAUAAUAUGUGUACUGCUGAAGAAGGGUAAAGAUCCCCUAGAAUGUAGUUGGUAUAGACCAAUUAGUUUACUUGGGUGCGACUACAAAAUAUGAACUAAAGUUCUUGCACGUGGUUUAGAGACAGUAGUGCCUUCAAUGAUUGAUGAGGACCAAACAGACUUUAUCCCUGGACGUCACUCCUUUUUCAGUAUGCGGAGGUUACUUAAUGUGCUAUUAUCUUCCCACUCAACCCUACAGCCAGAAGUCAUCCUAUCUCUAGAUGCCCAGAAGGCGUUUGAUAGGGUUGAGUGGGAUUAUCUUUUGGCAGUGUUGGAGAAGUUUGGGAUGGGGCCAGUUUUCUGCAAGUGGAUCAAAAUGUUAUACUCUAAGUCCUUUUUUCUUCAACUAGAUGCUCUUGUUUCUUUAUUUAUAUGGAAUAAAUCCACAGCAAGAGUGAAAAAAAAUCUCAUUUAGAGAGAGCUAAAUCAGAGGGAAGUCUGGGCUUACCCAGUUUUUGACACUACUAUUGGGCUGCUAACAUUGCCAAACUCAAUUAUUGGACCACAGUGUUGGCUGGCAAAGAAGGAGCCCUUUGGGUAGACAUGGAGUUAAAGUCAACUCUCCCAGUCUCUCCAGUUUCAUUUCUGACAGCACCACUGAGUACUAAAAACACUAACCAGAAUUUGAAUGUUCAUUUGGUUGUCAGAAACUCUGUUCAAAUAUGGGACCAGUUCAGGAGACAUUUUGGCCUUAAAGGUAUAAAUAGACUUUGCCCUAUUAUGUUUAACCAUCUAGAUGUUUAAUAUCCAACGUACAUACUCAUUUAUUCAAUCAUUGUAUGUAUCUGUGUGUUUUGGUGGACUACAUUUUACUCUCAUUUUGAGUGUAUAACCUGUUAUUUGCCUC